CUUCACCACACUCUGCCUCACAAAACCAUGUUCGUAUAUAUUCAUAUCGCUCUUCAAAAGUGUUUCCAUUCACUCCAAAAUGUGAAUGAAGAAGCAGACCAUAGUGACGGAUAUUGAACACCGAUAGGCACUUAAACACAACUUAAGUCAGUUCACAAUCAACAGGUGCAAGUAUAACAUUAUAAACGUUGUGCGUUGUAACAACUUUGGUGCAAUAAAGUGACCCUUUAACAGUCUUUUGUUCUGCAGAAAAUUAACAUAAAGAAUAAAUAAAUUGCCAAUUUAGUGAUCAUGAAGAGCCAUUCAUGGCUUAUUCUGCUUGUUGUAUUAUGUACAACACAAGUGCAUGCGAAACCUCCUUCAUCGACAGAGAAGGGGGUUGAUGAAAUUCACUCAACAGAAGCCACCAAAACCUCUAAAACCAGUAUAGUCGAUGUUAUGAGUGACGGCGAAACCAAUGAAGAUGAUUAUUACGACGAUGACGAAUAUGAGUACUACGACACCAACGACAAUUCGAGUACCGUUCAACCAUCGACAAAAGCUGAGACGGGAAGUGCAUCAACUUCCACGGAGGAAACAAUUUCCACACCACAGGCCACAAUUGUAGUCAAAAAAGACGAAAUUGUGUUGAAGCCAAUUGUUGAUCCAAAUAAUGCUUUGGAUGAGGAAGUGAGCAGUAGCAGCAACUCGAGUGAUGAUGAAUAUUACGAUGAAGAAGAUGAUGAUGAAGACAACGAUGACAUUGAUGAGACUGAUGAAAGUGACGGAAUAUCAUUCAAUGAAGAUGUUCCAUGUCCACGAGAUUGCGUUUGUCAGAGAAAUAUCAACGGAUAUUACGUUGCUACAUGCACAAGAUUGGAUCCGGGUUAUCAGAAAUUUGGUAUUGACAUAACCGAUUUGGAAGUUGUCGAUGUACCACCGAAAUAUCCGAUUGUUUUGGGCGCUCAGUUUUUCAAGAAAAUCGGCCUGAAGCAUGUGGCCUCAAUUAAAAUCGCUCAUUCAACAAUUCCAAACAUAAACCCAACCGCUUUCGAAGGUUUAACUGAGUUGUAUGCGGUAAAUUUAACGAACGUUGGUCUGGACAUGAUACAUCCGGACACAUUUGCUGAAAAUAAGAAAUUGCGUAUGUUAACGCUGAGAGGAAACGAUUUACAUGCCAUGCAAAAGAAAAUCUCUCCAUUCGUCAGCUACAUGAUCAAAUCGUCAUCCAUUGAGGAAUUGGAUAUUUCGAAUUGUAAUUUGAGACAACUGUUGCCCACCGCCUUCAAUAAGUUGCCUAAUGUUGUCUACAUCAAUUUGGCCGACAACCAAUUGAAAACUUUACCGGUUGAUGUCUUCGACAAAGUUGAAACUAUUGAAGAGCUGGACUUGUCAUCAAACGCAAUCGAAAGACUGCCGUCAACAAUUUUCAACAAGACAUCGCUUACCAUUUUGAGCCUACGAUAUAAUGAGAUCUCGUCGGGCCUGACUUUCGGCACACAGAAUAUCCAGAAAUUGGAUUUAAGUUACAACAAAAUCACAAACGUUGACAACUUUAUGUUCGAUUCGAUGCCCGGACUCACAACGCUGAUAUUGAAAGGAAAUUCCAUCCGAAAAGUUCAUCAAGCCGCAUUCCACCCGUUGAGAGAUUUGACACACAUCGAUUUAUCCUUCAACGAUUUGGAGCAAGUUUCGUCGCUGAUGUUCAUGACCAACAUGGAUUUGGAUGUGAUUCGCAUCAACGACAAUCCACGAUUGAAGAAACUUCCGUUGGAAGGAUUCGAAUGCGAAAAGGGUUCAUUCAGCGUGUAUUACUUCGAUGCUUCUAAUUGCGAUUUGAGCGAACUGGGUGAUGCAACUUUCGCCACCAUGCCCGAACUGACUACAUUGAAUCUGUCCUGGAACAAUGUGGAAAAUUUGGGAAAGAACAUUUUCAGUUACUGCAAAAAGUUGAUCGAGUUAGAUUUGAGCAAUAAUUUGUUGUCGCAAUUGGAAGAUGUGGUCUUUUUGCGAAAUUCGGCAUUGAGAAAGCUCAAUUUGGCCGGCAAUCCACUGCAAACUCUCUCAGCAAAGGUAUUCUUUGCAACGAAACAACUCACUCAUUUGGAUAUCAGUGACUGUGAUUUGCGAACAAUAUUUGCCGAAUCUAAGCCUGUCUUCCAGUUCGACAAUAUUCUACUAAAGCUAAAGUUCCUCAAUGUAUCCAACAAUGAACUCGAAAGAAUCUACUUGUCCGAUCUAUACACAAUGCGCAAUUUGAGCGUCUUCGACAUCAGCAACAAUCGUUUACGCUGCGACACUGAAUUCAAAUCAGUGAUGCAGUGGCUCGGAACGACGAAGAUAAAAUCGGGAAGUCUAGGAGUUGGCGAAAACGCUGAAUUGAGCUCCGAUGCAGUUACAAUUACUGAAUUCGUUGCCAAUCCAUGGAAAGAAUUUGCAGACGCUUUGUGCAAGAAGGAAGCGAAUAAGAAAGUCAUCGACACCAAUCGAGGUAAAAUCGAAGAUUCAGAGAGUGAAUAUGAUGAAGACGAUCUGGAUGAAGACAACGAGGUGCUGGACAGGGAUAUUGACGAGAGUGAAGACGAAGAUGCAGAAAGUAACUAUGACGAUGAAGAUGAACGCAUCCUUGAUCAAUUGGAGAAUAAUCGUGAGAUCAAGCUGGGUAACAAGGCUCAUAAGGGAAUCAAAGACAAAGAAUUUUUGGCGGAAGAAGUUCGAAAGGAUGAAGAACUUGAUGAUGAUAUCGUUGAUUUGGAUGAAUCAGACGAAACCGAUUUCGACAUUUUGUUCGAUAAACAACGACCAUAUCUCGCUUACGGUCAGAUAUCCAUCUAUAAUUAUCUGAAGCCGAUACUGAUAAUUGUAUUUACCGUUCUGGCUUUGUUAAUUAUCAUCGGAAAAAUUGUGUCGAUGAUGAUGCGAAGACGUGGCGAGAGAUAUCGCCAAGCAUUGUUGGCUUCAAAGAAUUCCAUUGUAUAUCAAAAAUUGUCCGAAGAGAUUGGACCAACUACACCAAAAUUUAAUCGGUAUGCUCCGAUCAAUCAGGUCUAAAAUUAACAGAGGGGGAGAAAAUCAUUUAAAUUUUUAAUGAAAGAAAGAAAAAAGAUUUCUGUUUUUUGCCUUUACACACUUCCCGAUAUCCGUUAAAGAUAUUGUGCCCGAAGGAAUGCGAUAAUCAAAAUAUCAACAAACAAAAAAACAGUCGGUUUAGUCAGAUCGAUAUUUUAUGUGUAAUUUCAAAGUUUUUUUUUUGCGUCGGCACCUUCCAGUACUGAUGUAGUAAUUGUACUUAUUUUUAACUUAAUAUUUUACCUAUUUAAUCGAGGAUAAGCUGCUAUAAAUAUUUAAUUAACUAAAAAGAAUUUUCUAAUUUUUCAUUGCCCAAACAAAACAAAAAUUGAAAAUGAAAUUUGUUCAAAUAAAUUAACCAAAACUAUCCAUGCUCUUCCAUCAGAUGUUGCAAAUACUUUUUUUUUGUUUAAAAAAAAACUCACUUUUUUAGUUACUUAGCUAUUGAAUGUUUGCUCUAAAAUAACGAAAGAUUAACAUUGUUCCACAAUUCGCCGUACACAUUCGACUUCUCUGAGAAUAUAAAUUUUAUAAAAAAAAUCUUAAAAUAAUUUCCGUUAUUACAAGACUUGAGACCAAACAUAUCGUAAACAAAAUUUUUGUGUGCCAUCAAUUCGUCGUAAUAGCGAACAUCCGACCGGGGUAUUUUUCUUUUGUUUUUUUUUUGUUACAAUUUUUUCGGAAUAAAAUUUUGCUUCGAA